AUGGAAAAGAUUAUCGUUGGGUCAUCUGAUCGUAAUACUAACGCACUUGCAAUCAGCAAUAUAAAUAAUGAUUGUCUUUUAGAAGUGUUGGAAAAUUUGAAAAAUGAAAAGUCAUCAUUGCAUUCGUGUUUAUUGGUUAACAGAUUAUGGUGCCAUCAAACAAUUCCUAUAUUAUGGCAUCACCCAUUUGAUUAUAAAAUAGCCGAAAGGAGGUGCAUAAUGAUUAUUCAAACGUAUAUAGCAUGCCUUGAAAAGCAAGAAAUUCAAGAACUUUUUGCUAAACUUAAUCCUUGUGAAUUGAAUAAACCAUUAUUUGAUUACCCAAGGCAUUUACAACAUUUUCAAAUUUUCAAUUUCAGAAAAGCCAUCAACCGAUGGAUUUUAUUUAAUUUUCACGAAAUCAAAGAUGAUAGAAAAGCAUUUAACGAUAAAUUUGAUGUUCUCUUUCGACUCUUGAUUAAUUUAUUUUUAAAUCGUACAAAAGGUUUAAGGGUAUUAAACGUUUAUCUUGACGAUGAUAAUGAUUGGUUGAAAAUGCCUUACUUUGUACAAAACAAGCUUUCAUUGUCAAAUUUACACACGUUUAAUUUUACUUAUGAGAUUAGGAAAGAUGUAAAAGUUUUUCUUGCAAGAGGGUCAUCAGAAUUAUUUGAUUUGUUACAGCAAUACGCUAGGAAUAUACGUAAUUUAAAAAUUUCUAUUAAUUUUCAUACUAGGCAAAAUCAUUUACAAUCACAAUUAGCCCUUUUAAUUUCACAAUUUAUUGAAUCACAACAAGGCAUUGAAAUCUUGGAGUUAAAUGAUUUUUGGGAUAUCAAAAAACCUUCGCCGAUCUUUAAGGCGAUUAAAUCACAAUCCCUUUCUCUGAAAUAUCUACAUAUAAGAGGAUUAAAGAAUUUCGAACCUUUACUAUCCAUUUUGAUUGAUUGCAAUAACUUGGAAACUUUAGAUUUAAGCCAUUUUGGUCAAACCAUGAACCUUGAGAAUUUUGAUAAGGUUAUAAUGAACUUAAAUAUCAAACAUUUAUAUAGUUGGAAUAUUCCUUCCUUUCUUGAUGCCGAUGAUAUGGGUUUAUUACUCAAGAUGAUAAAUAAAUCAUUACGGACACUUGUUCUCGAUAGAGUUGAUGAUGGUUUGUUAGAAAUCAUUGAAAGGUUUUGUCCAAACAUUCAGAGCUUAUCUUUGGCGAUGUUUAACGCUUCUUUCCCUAAACUUUUACCUUCCUUACUUUACAAUUUACCCCUUAAUCACCUAUAUCUUGACAUCUUUGGUUAUAACUUUUCUGAAGUUUUAACGGAGUUAACCGAUUCAAUUCCUUCAUCUGUUACAUCCCUUUAUAUCAAUUUCACUCUUACCUCACAACAAUUAAAUUAUUUCUUAAAUGAAAUGAAUGCAAGGCCAAAUACUUUGGGAAUAAUUGAUAAAUAUAUGAUUGAGAAGGAAUAUUUGAAAGUUGUUGUAGAAUACGCAAAGUGUCAUGACAAUUUAAAAGUAUUACAUUGGUUAGGGAACCUUGAUGAGGAGGAUAUAAAGCUCGUAGCUGAUACAACAGAAACAAUGACCAUGAUAUAUUCUUCAGAGUAUGAUUUCCUUGACAGCAAAACUCAUUUAAAAUUUUAUUAA